UGUCAGUCUGUGUCGGUCGGCUAGCUGUCAAAGCAAUCGUCUACCGAUCUCUUUCCCACACACUCGAUGAAUUCCUUUCCUCUUUCCUACAAAAAGCUGAAGCACUCGUUAACGUGCUAGUGUUGAAUAAAGACGCGAAAUACUAAGUUCUGUGUGGUAACAAAUUAUUGUGAUAUAGUGUAUAAUACAUAAAUUACUUUAAAACCAGGAACCAUGGCACCUAUAGGCGGCUGGCUGUGUUGUAGCCGCAGAGCCAAGUUAGUUGCCCCCAGUGACUGUAUUGACAGAGAUGGAAACUUUGAUUAUGACUUGGCGGUCAUUGGUGGUGGGUCGGGGGGGCUGGCGUGCGCGAAGGAGGCCGUAAACCAGGGCGCCAAAGUCGCGGUGUUAGACUACGUCACGCCCUCGCCGCAAGGCACCAAGUGGGGCCUCGGUGGGACAUGUGUGAACGUCGGAUGUAUACCCAAGAAGUUGAUGCACCAAGCAGCGUUGCUGGGAGAAAGCAUACAUGAAGCGGUGGCAUACGGCUGGCAAGUGCCGCAGCUGAACGCUGUCAAAAUAGACUGGUCGGCGCUCACAGAGUCCGUCCAGAACCACAUCAAAUCCGUCAACUGGGUGACCAGGGUCGACCUUAGGGAUAAGAAGAUCGAGUACAUCAAUGGCCUGGGAGAGUUCAAGGACCCGCACACGAUCAUAGCUACUCUGAAGAAUGGCUCCAAGAAGGAACUGACGGCCAGGAAUAUCGUCAUAGCGGUGGGCGGCCGGCCCCACUACCCUGAUAUCCCGGGGGCGACGGAAUACUGUAUCAGCAGCGACGACAUCUUCAGUCUCAGCCAUCCGCCGGGGAAGACGCUCGUUGUAGGCGCUGGAUAUAUCGGACUAGAAUGCGCCGGCUUCCUAAACUCUCUAGGCUACCCGGCGACGGUGCUGGUCCGCUCGGUGCCACUACGCGGGUUCGACCAACAGAUGGCACGCAUGGUCACCAACGAGAUGGAGGAGCGCGGCGUCAAGUUCCAGCACCGAUGCGUGCCGCAGUCCGUGGAGAAACUUGAGAGCGGCCAACUCAAGGCGCGCUGGCUCAACACUGAGACCAACGAACAAUUCGAAGACGUGUUCGACACAGUGCUGAUUGCCACCGGCCGGUACAUGCUCACCAAAGCGCUGAACUUGGAAGCUGCUGGCGUUAAUUCGCUAUCCGAGAACGGCAAGAUCGUAGCGCCGACGGAACAAACGAACGUUCCACACAUCUUCGCAGUUGGUGAUGUGUUGGAAGCGCGGCCUGAACUCACGCCCGUGGCCAUCCACGCCGGCCGCUUGUUAGCGCGCCGCAUCUUUACUGGAGCGACGCAGCAAAUGGACUAUGAUAAUGUGGCCACUACCGUCUUCACGCCCCUGGAGUAUGGCUGCGUGGGGCUCAGCGAGGAGGCCGCCACCGAGAGGUUCGGGCAGGACAACGUGGAGGUGUACCACGCGUUCUACAAGCCGACGGAGUUCUUCAUCCCGCAGCGCAACAUCAAGAACUGCUACAUCAAGGCCGUGGCGCUGCGCGAGGCGCCGCAGCGGGUGCUAGGGCUGCACUUCGUGGGCCCGGUCGCUGGAGAAGUCAUCCAGGGCUUCGCGGCCGCUAUGAAAUGCGGUCUGACGAUGGAAUUGCUGAUGAACACUGUAGGCAUCCACCCGACUGUGGCUGAGGAGUUCACGCGUCUCAACAUCACCAAGCGCUCGGGCCGCGACCCCAACCCUGCCUCGUGCUGCAGUUAAACACACACUCACGCACCACACUUGCAUGCUUGCACUCCGGUUCAACGACCUUUACGUCAGUAACUUUACCAUAAGUUUAUAUUAAAAGACGUAGCACAUUUAUCGACCGGAAAGGAAUCGUAACCGUAUCUCGAAACGUCGAAACUCCAUACUGCAACGCACACUUUUCCGCACCGUAACUUAAACGCUUCGCGGUUGAAAGCGCGCGAAGGGCGAUACAGUUGAUCCCUUUCCGAGUUUAGAAGUCUGCUAUGAUAUUACGUCAUCGCUAGUGAGUGCGUCAAAAAACAUGAAGAUGAUAAUUAUUUAAAUUAACCGCUAGGGGCGCUGUACAAUCUGUCAUACAUUUCAUGGCAUUUAUUACGCAGUAUCUAGCGAGCACAACUAAUGUAAACUCGUGGUAAGCCCACUGAUCUGCCCUCGCAGUUCGGGUCAAUAACUCUUUAAAUUUGAUCUGCGUUUGCAGUUCGGGUCAAUGACCCGUUUGAUCUGUUCUGUCAUUAGGUCGGCUCCGAAUUAUUAACGUAGAUGUGAUAUUGUUUAAUGCUUUAUAUUGGAAAUGCAAGCGUGUACAGAACUCACAAGUAGCUUGUUAAACUAACAAAUACUGUUACUUAAACACAAACCGGUACGCACCAGUUUGCACCGGCGAUACUUUGAUGUAUACUAUUAAAGUGAACCCUAUUGUACAGACACGAGAGACUAGUUUCGACUGGCGAGAUAUUAUUGUAUUGUAUAGUUGACCAACUUUGGUGCUUUCUCGACUCAAAUUGUUUCUUGCCUUGUUUUAUCGGUAAUUUUUAUAGUACAAAAUUCAAUCUCUAAAGCAAAAAUAGAUUAUGAAUCGUUGUCUCAAAAAUUGAUUACUAAUUAUGAACAAACUUAUUGUUAUACUCUAUAUUUGAGUACAGUAUUAUUUAUUGUUACAAUAAACUAUGAUCUUGGAGAUAUUUAACUUUGAUAGACAUUCCGAGAGCACUUCAUCUGGAUAGGAUUCCACUCCACUUACGGUUAUUUAUGUUUUGAAUUUAAAUAAAGUGAUAUAUUUUUAAUGAAUUUGA